AUGAAGCGAAGUCGUCUUCAUUUCGAGUCCAACGGUGAUGCCUCCUCUGCCGCCUCUCCCCAGAGUACCCGCCCACAGUAUACCCCGGAAAAUGACUCACAGCAGAGCCCGAGGCAUGUUCCCAAGAUCUCGCGCAGGAUCAGAGCCUGUACGGAAUGCAAGCGCCAUAAGGUCCGCUGUGAUAUGAAUGCGGGGGAGACCGUUUGUCACAGAUGUCGUCGCAUGGGCCUGGAAUGUGUUGUCAACAAAAGCCUCCAGACGUUGCUAGACGAUGAGACAGAGUGGAAGGCCACAAUAGAGCUCGCAAUGGCAGACCUACUACGGAAGGCCCAGCUACCCGAUCUUUCAUAUUAUCAAUCUAAUGGAAAGGCAUCAGAGCCGCUAUCAAAGAAAAGAGACCGGCAGGAUUCUACAGUGUCGACAGAGGGCACGCCCCUUGGGACGGAUCAUGAUGCUGGAGCAGAGCGCCUCGAGAGUAGCGCGCAGAGAGUAGCAUCGGAGCCCAGAAAAUCCGAAACCGCCUUCCAACAGCCUUCACAAUACGCCCUGGACAGGGAAGAGAAUGGGACCUCAUCGCUGGUCACGGCUCCGAUGGGGAGUCUGUACGAAGUCACACAGUUGAGCGAUAUCCAGACAACUUCGCCCGGAAGGCAUCAUGCGCCAGAUCGGGCUCUUGUCACCGAUUUCGUUUCGCGGGGAGUAGUGGAUUUGCACGAGGCGGAGGAGCUUUUCUCCUACUUUGAUCAAGUACUUAGCCGUUAUCUUUGGGAUGGGAUAUUGCUGGACCACAAAGACCUGACCUCUGUGAGGAACUCUUCCUCGAUGCUCUCCGCCGCCAUUCUCGCUGUCACAGCCCUGCAUUUACCCAAGAAAGAACGUACGUUCGAUAUUUGCUAUACGGAGUUUGCUAGGUUAGCAUCAGAAUCAAUGCUAGACAGACACCACACCCUGGAUGAUCUGCGCGCGUUGUGUAUAGGCGCGUUUUGGCUUGCAGACGUAAGCUGGAAGCUGUCUGGGUAUGCAGUGCGGAUUGCCACGGAGCGCAACCUGCAUCAGUCUUACCGGAAAGCAACACAAGGCUCUCCAGAGCAUAUAGAACAAGCUAGGCUGUGGUAUCUUCUUUAUACCCUAGAACAUCACUUCUCCAUCGCGUACGGACGACCCCCAAUAAUCCACGAGGACCAGAGCAUCAAGAACCACAAUACAUUCACCCAUACCCCUAACGUGCAGCAAGGUGACUUGCGUCUGCACAGCCAGGUCGAUCUGUUUAUCAUUCUUACCCGAAUAUACCACGCCUUUGGACCCGAUGUCGACUUGGAGGUUCCCGACAGCGAAUUUUCUACCAUCGAUAAAUAUGACGCUGACCUUGACAACUGGCGGAUAGCCUGGUAUCCGCGCUUGGCAGUUGGGAGUCGAUAUGUCGGUGCAUAUCCUUACAGAGCGGUUAAUCUGCAUUAUCAUUUUUCUCGAUUACAGCUGAAUUCGGUUGCUUUGCGGACCUAUCACUCUUCGAUAUCGACACGACCCAUGUCUGCUGAGCGAAAGAAGCGCGCGAAUAUAGCCAUACAGUCCGCCAUAGACACGCUUCGGGUGGUCCUAGAUGAACCCGAUAUUCAGAGGGCUUUGGUUGGCGUCCCAUUGUACCUCCACAGUAUGAUCACUUUUGCCGCCGUUUUCCUGCUGAAGAUUGCAGCCAAGGGCUGCUCGAGCAGCAUUCCAAACAACCAAGGCCAGCAAAAUUCUAUUUCCUCAGCCGGCCUACACAUCGAUGUCGCAUACGUGCGGGAGCUGGUUGGGCGGAUCGUGAAUAUGAUGGUCUCAUGUAGUAAGCGUGCAAGCGAGCACCAUCUCAGCCACCAUAUCGCCCGUGGCUUAAAAAAGAUGCUCACGGGGUUGGAGGAAUGGGAGAAGAGGAAUCUUGGUAAUUCCCAGUCUCUGACACAUAGCUCUCAUGAUGCUCUGCCCAUGUUUAAACCGGUUGUUAUCCCCGGGGCUCAGCCCCUUGGAGAGCGGGACACGAUACUGAACCCCCCUCCUCCAUUGCUGGGAGUCGCUCCCUUGUCUGCUGAGAGAGGAAAUAGCUUCGACUCGGAUGCGACACAGGUGAAAGCCCAGACAGGCCUCUCGGAAGGGUCGGUGGACCCUAUGAUGGCGGAUCUUUGGGGUUUCGAUGAGGAUUACUUCCCGACCGGGGUGUUUGAUUUCCUUCAGUCCCAGAUGCCUGCUUGA